AUGAUCCUAACUAGUGUGGCAUCUAAUACAUACGACCAUAGGGUGUGGAAAAUAGGGCUUCCCGUCCGCUCAGCCGUACUCAAGCCACACGCCGACCUCCACCCGCUAGUGAUCCCCUCCGCCCGCGCUCUUCUCUCGCAUAACAUUUCACACUUUAUACUCACACCGAGGAUUGCAACCGCAACUAUGAAUGUGGCUUCUGUGCAAGAUCGUCAUGAGUCAGUCUUGCAGUCGCGCGCUUCUACCCGAGGCUUUUGGAGAAGACUUCGUCACUUGGCAAGCUCUGAACGAGAACCGGCGCAGGCGUUAGCGGAAGAUAGCCCGGUGAGAGAUGGCACGGGUACCGACAUGAAAUCUAUAGUUAUAGAAAACUACCUGAAAGACCUCGGGGAGGCAUACUUAGUCGCCCGUACUCGGGCCACUGAAGAGUUCGGUCAGCCAUUCCACCCUGCAGAUCAAGCACUAGUGGGUCACUACGGAGAACUCGUGCUGCCUGUGGGUGAGAAACUGUUAGACGGCCGCAAUCUAGAAUUUCUGUUGAACCUCCCAAGAGCAGGCCAUGUUGGUGUCCAUUUCAAUGAUGCACAGGGCCAGCUGAUCAGAAUCGUGGCUUACAACUGGCUGAUGCACCGGGAUGAGUUCGAUCUCGACCGCAUGGCGAAAGAGGUAUCUGCGUUUUUUUCUUAG